AUGUUUAGGGAAGAAAAGGAAAAGAAAAAAGGUGGGACAGGGGUAAAAAGUUGGAUAGAAUUGGAGGAGAAAAAAAAUGAGAGUGAGACAAGUGAGAGUGGAGAUGGCAAAGAUGAUGUGGAUGGUGAUAAAUCUGUUGAUAAGGGUGAUAGGAUAUCUGACUCGGGUGAUGAUGUGGAUGGUGACAAAUCUGUUGAUAGUGGUGGGUUGAUGUUAUGGGUGAUGAGCCCAACGAGGAGCAUGCGCCGGUCCUCACACCUCAGCCGCUACACACCGAUCGAGACCCCAAAUAUCGUAGGACACAUCCCCUUCUCCUCUGCCUCCGCUGCCAUUUCUCUAGGGCUGACGUCUGGGGCAGCGUCGUGCGUCCCUGACAACAACUCCAAGGUCCUCGACUCUGGCGGCACGACCUCGCUUGGAUUUGUUGCGUAG